UGACGUAAUUCUGGAAUCAAAACAUAAAAAAAAAUCUCGGUGCCGUUCCUCAAACUGUGGCAACAUUUUCGCUUGAAUUUAAAUUAAAAACCAGCCCAACCUAAACACUGCCCGCCCCACAAUGGCCAUGUCCCAGAUGACGAUCGACCAGCUGGACAAGGACCAGAUCAAAUCGUUCUCGGACUUUCUGCUGUCGUACAACAAGCUGUCCGAGCUGUGCUUCCUGGACUGCGUCAACGAGUUCACCGGGCGGACCGUGUCGGACAAGGAGAGCAGCUGCUCGCUCAACUGCAUGGAGAAGUUCCUCAAGAUGAACCAGCGCGUGUCCCAGCGCUUCCAGGAGUUCCAGAUGAUAUCGAACGAGAAUGCGCUGGCGGCCGCCCAGAAGCUCGGCGGGAAGUGAUUGGGUUCCACGAAUGGAAUGCGCGGAAAAAACGGUGUGUUUUGUUUGCUUUAAUGUUUAAAGUGAUUUAUUUUUGCGGUUAAUAAACUCGGAUCUAUUCAUGCUGGUUGGAUAAGAUGUA